AUGACUGCCCCUUCCUCCGUCCUCUCGGAAAACCAACAUCCAAUGACCUUCCACCCAACACCCCCCGCCACCGGUUGGAUGACGGAGAAAGCGUCCCGCCCGCUUCAAGAAGCCAAGCCCCAGCAGCAGAUGCGCGUCAGUCGCAAGAGGUCUUCUUCGAACGAAAAUGACAGUCAUCAUCAUCAGCCCCAAGAACAACAGUGGAUUGCCGCUCAGCCUCUCCAUGACUACAACACUACCAGUGCUCCCAAUAAAAGACGCAGGGGACUCACCGACGCAACCACGGCAACCAUCAAUCACCCAUUUCCCGCUACUACAAUGACUAAUUCUACUUUCUACUGGAGAUCCAACUAA